AUGGCACCUCCUUCUGUAAUAUGCCUUGAAGAAGGAUCUCGAGAGUCGCGCAGCCCCAGCGUUGCUUCAUCACGCACGCUUGCUCUGGAAGACGAUGAAUUACACGGAAGAAAUGAUGCCCGCAUAAUAGAUUGGAUCAACAAUGUCGGCAAUACUGCACAAACGCAGACGCCUAUGCGUACAGCACAACAAAAUCUCACUACUCUCGGGCAGCCAAGCAUUCGGGUUGGAGAUGUGAUCGAAAUCAAGAAUGUCAUGAUCGGCGAUUGCCGAGUAGACUUCAUCCAAGUAAAGCACAUUUCCCGAGCUACUCUAUCUGGACGAAAAUUUCGAGGUAUCCCGUUUACCAGGACACGAAAUAUGCGAGGACGGCUUCCCAAGAAGAUGAAUGAAGUGUGCAUGAUGCUGCACUUUCAGCAAGAAAACGGACGCACCCCAGACGACUUUGCAUUACUGGUUGAUAUCAAAGAAGACCGUGUUGUGAGAAAGCGAAACCUUAUAAUUACAAACGCAAAAUUUCCAGAGCAUUCUGUAUUGCAUGGUCCGCAAUCCCCCCUGUCCAUCAGAGGCGAAACCCAAGCCCUCAAGCGUCACAUUGAACAGUCAGGUAACCUCUGCUGUCGAUGGAAAUGGAUGGUAUAUCUUAUCGAUAAGAGUCAGGACCAGAAGUUUAAGGAAGAAGUUUUGGAACGGAUAUCGGCUGAAGAAGUUUUGGAUCGCCAAUAUCUUGUCGACCAAGAGGCUCUAUGCAAUAGAUGGAGAGGAGGCCGUAUCAGGGGUGGUUCCUGGACUCCAGACCAAGGUUCCUGUACUCAUACCGUUGAUCUCGCUAAUGGUUCGAGUAUCCAAGAGGGGAACUUCCGAGGAAGUAACCAGAAAUAUACCUUUUUUGACGCGUUUUCAGGCGCUGGCGGUGUCUCGAGGGGUGCUCAGAAUGCGGGAUUCAAGGUUACUCAUGCCAUCGAUAAAUCGCCAGAUGUGUGGCGAACAUACUCUCUUAACUUUCCGGAGACAAAACUUUACAAAUGGCCCGUUGACAGGUUCAUUGGGCAAACAAAUGAUGCGUCCAUUCGAGUAGAUGUGCUUCACUUGUCUCCGCCCUGCCAAUACUUUUCUCCAGCACACACAAAAGAUUGUGCCCACGACUAUGACAACAUAUUAGCGCAGCGUAGCUGUCCUUCGCUUGUGAAAAAGCUGCGUCCGAGGCUGGUCACCAUAGAGCAGACCUUUGGGCUGCUGUUCGAUCGACAUCGACAACACUUUUACUCGCUUAUCGGAGGUCUCACGGAGCUUGGGUACUCUGUUCGAUGGAAGAUCGUAGCACUAUGCACCUGGGGGUUGGCUCAAAAUCGCAGACGACUUAUAAUAAUUGCUGCAGGUCCGGGAGAGCAGCUACCAGGCUUUCCUGCGGCGACCCAUUAUGAGAAUAGCAAAAAUGGUUUGCGUCCGUAUACCACAAUUCGACAAGUUCUUAGCAGAAUUCAGGAGGGUGACAACUUGCACAACCUUGGCACCGUCGCCCGAUUUACCCCUAGGAGACGCGCUUCAAAUUUUGACACUUUGCUGGGAACAAUUACGGCUCGAUCGGGAAGUCUGUACUAUCCUGACGGAACCCGAAAUUUUACUCUGCGAGAAUAUGCCUGCUUGCAAGGGUUUCCAAAAGCCCAUAGGUUUCGGGGAACAACAGUCGGCAUAAAAUCUCAGAUAGGGAACGCCUUUGCGCCCACCUGUGUCAAGCAUUUAUACAAGCAUCUGGAAAACUGGUUGCUGCAACAGGACCGUGUUCAAUCACAUCAGCCCGAGGCGGAGGAUGUGGUGAUACUUGACGCGGAAAUGCUUGAUACUGAAAGCAUUGGUUCAGACUCGCCAGGAGCAAUGAACUCUGUCAUCGACUUGACCGAUGAAGACAUAUCUGGCCUCCAGACAAGCAUUAUCACGUCCAGUUCCUUCAUGGACCUCACGUGA